AUGUCAGAAGAGGCAGGACUGCACGGCGAGUUCGGACAGGCGCUGGAGCCGGUUGCCAGCGGGAGCAAGCGAAAGCGUACGAUGGAAUGGGCCAUGAAGGUGCCCGAGGCAGACGUGCAUCUGCUCGUCGACUCGCACUCGCACUCGCACCCGCACUCGCAUCACGACGAGAGACAGCACGACCAAAGCGACGACCACGAUUACGACCACGACCACGACCAGGGCCAGCAUGACGGCCACACGCCCAAGCGCAGCCGGCCAUCGCCGUCGCCCAAGCAGCAGCCUCGCAGUAUACGCCGCAAAGACGCCCGCUACGGCCUGUCGUCGCUCAACAAGCGCCAGGCACAUGUCGCCGACGUCUUCAUCCCGGACAACACGCGCCCUUCUCGCUUCCAAGAAGGCAGCAUGUCCGACAAGCCCAGCGCGCAACCUCCGAGUGUCUUUACUCGCGACCACUCGAACAACAGUCUGCCCACUCUGGCCAACGUCGACGAUCUGAUGACCCAAUACCACCAAGAGAACUCGACCCCCGCAGUCUAUCACACUCCCAGGCCUAUUCUCGACCAUGCUCUCAAGCCUACUGUCAGCCACCCGCUCCAGGAUGAGCCGCUCGAGUCUCGUCCACCCCUACCUUUCAGCGCCCCUACCUUUGACUCGAUCCCUCCCUCGACGACCGCAUCUGUCAAGCCGGCCGGCGGACUCUUCCGCUUCGGCAAGAUGGUUGCAUCGACCUUCAACCCGGCCAACGUAUGGGAGUCGUUCUCGCGCACAUGGAAGGAGUCCAAGGAAGAUCUCACUGUUAGGAACAUUGAGGAGAACCGCAAGCGUGCAACCAACGACGACAAGGCCAUGGAUGACAAGGCCAUGUAUGAACAGGCUUAUCAGGAACUUAAGAAGUCCGGCCAGUUCAACUUCACCGUCGUGCCCAACAAGGCCCUGACGUCGCCUCGUCUUGGUGGAAACAGCCAAUUCGGUUCGCCCGCACGCCAGCCUCUGACUUCUCCCCGUCACGCUGCCGCCUAUGCCCGUCUACGCCCAGAUGCCGACUUCCCCCACUCGCGAGACACUUCUCUUGACUUGACCGUCGAUGCUGCUGCUGCACCACCACGGCUGGCUGCUCUGUUCAACCCGACCGCAGAGCCAGCAUCACCUCGACAUCUGUCUCCCGAGAAGCUCAUAAACAAGCGCAAGUCGUUCUUCACCCUCCGUGGCGCCUCUCUCCGUGCCCCUUCCUUGAGCUCCCUGAAGCGUGGCCGCUCUCAUGCUAAUUUGAGUGAGACUAUCCUGCGCACCUCGGAAGACAAGGACAAGAGAAAUCCGUCCAUGUCACCUGAGAAGCCGGCCUACAACCAACUCACUCUGCAGUCACUCCCUCGAUCUCAAUCUAAGAAGGAGCUCAACAGAGCGGUCAAGCUGAACAAGCGUGUCAGUGAUCUCGAGUCCAAACUUGCUGACGCUCGUCGUGAAUUGAACAACGCCAUCACCAACGCCUCUCCUCUCCCACCUCUACCAUCCCGCUACGAGAAGUUCACUCCUACUUCCAAAUCCAAAUUCACUAGGGCUAGAUUUGGUCUGAGCAGUAGCAAGCUACCUUCUCUUCCUUCAGAAAGCCUCAUCCAGGCAGACGCUCUCGCUCAGGCUCAGAACACCCCCUCGCUCGUCAGACCGAAGCCUACUCACUCUCAGUCGUUUGACUUGACUCAUCUGCGAAGCCCUGCACAGCAAAGAGACUCGGUCAUUGUGCUUGACACGCCUCGUUCAGAGAUUCAGUCCUUUUUGCCUGUCGACUACUACAGCCAAGCUCCCAUGGACCCAGCCGCUCUUGCCUCUUCCGAGGUCGCCGACCAAAGUGAGACUGAAAACCGUCCCAGUCUGGAUGCCAAACUCAGGGCUCUCGAUGCUAGCAUCAAGUCCAAGACACAGAAGACUCCUACCAAGAAGCGCAAGAGUUCGUCCAAAGAUGAUGGCACUUACAAGCCCCCAGCAGACGACGAGGAAGACGAACUGGAGUUUGUCAAGGAAAAGCCAAAGAAGAAGCGUAAGUCCACCGGCAAAAAGGCAGCCAAUGUCGAGCCCGCAAUCAACCAGCCUGGACCCGACGUCGGCCAUGGUAGUAUGAACAAGACCAACACCAAGAAGCAGGACAGCAGUAAGCAUCACCCUACCGACCAGGCCGUCGACCUACUUGCUUCCGGCCGCUCAAGUCUGGACACCCUCGAUCCCAUCAACGAAGAAGACAACAUUGUUGUCGCCCCACGCGUCGACUCUACCAACUCUCUCGUCCCCUCGCAGCACGACUCUGCCAUCUCCACCGCUGACGCCGAGUCCAUCCACGUACGCACCGACCCUCUCAAGUCCAUCCUCGUCAACAAGUAUGAAACUGCCCGACCUACCUCCAGAGGUUCGAACAAACGUCCUUCAUCCUCGCAACGCCGCUCUUCGCCCCCGCCCGACGCUGUCUACACGAAGCCUACGCUCGUCACUAUUGAAAAGCACCACAUCGUCACUGCCACCCCUGGUGUCGGCUCAGUCCCAGCCUUGCCUACCGCGCUGGAGAAGGCGACAGAAGAACAGACCGAUGCUGGCGCUGGCAAACAACAGUGGGAGUGGCCCGAGGACGUCUUCUGA